ACCUGGGUACCUGAAAUUUAAACUUAGCGGGGGGAGUGAGAACUGAGAAGAGAGACAUGCUAUGGAAUCCUUUGCCUCCUUCCAAGAGGAGCUCUUCCAUGGGGACAACAUGCUUUACUGGGCCUUUUCGCCGGAGCCGGCCUUCGAUCUCAUCGCCGCCGUCCCCGAGCCAACUCUCGUGGAGCCACCGGUUGUUCUCAGGAGCGCCUUCGAGCUGUACACUAGAACGGAGAAUGAAUACAAGAUGGAGGCCUCGAGCUCGGGAUCCAGAGGUCGUCGGAACAUUCACCGGAGAGUGAUCGAGAUGUUACAAAGGAUUCCCAACGCCAAAGAGGAUUGCAGAGGAGUAGAGACGAGCCGUGGAUUUAGGCAUAUGAUGAGGGAAAGGCAGAGGAGGGAGAAGCUCAGCCAGAGCUAUGCUGACCUGUACUCAAUGCUUUCUACCAGAUCAAAGGGUGAUAAGAACUCUAUUGUGCAAUCGGCUGCUUUGUAUGUGAGGGAGCUGAAGGGAGUGAAGGACCAGCUGCAGAGGCGAAAUGAGGAGCUUAAGUCAAUGAUUUUAGGGACCAAUGGAAAAACAGAGGAGGCGAACGUUAAAUUUCGGGUGGCAAAUCCAUCGUCUGCCAUCGACUCCUUGAUUGGAGCUUUUCAAUGCUUGAAGAGCAUGGAUGUCAAGGCCAGAGCCAUCCGGGCUGAUCUCUCCGGCAAGGAGUUGUCUGCUAUCAUGAGCAUUGAAACAAAGAUAGCAGCUGAUGAGGUGGAGAGAGCCGUAGAAGGCGCCCUAAGGGAAGCAGAGGCGAAGCUUCUUCGCCCCCUGCCUCGAACCCACUGAUCGUCCCAACUCUGUCACGGGGAAAAUGUGCCAUGAUCCCUUUCAACGCCGAUGUCAUCAAACCUCUUCUUGUACGGGAGGAGAUUGGUCACGUGACGAUAUAUUGUUUUUCCUUGAAGGAGCCUUCAACGGCAUUUGCGGCUGGGUUGGUCUACGCCUGUCUAUUCGGAGUCUACGGAGGUUGUCAUUCUUUGUUUUCUUUUUAUUUUUCUUAAACUUUUCACAUUCCAUGGUGUAUAUAAAUUCGGUUUUAUCCGUUUAAGUCCAAGGUAUUUGUGUGACAUGUCUCUAUCGGAA